AAGCAUCGGUGGUCUUCAUGGGCUGUGUCGGCUGCAUGAUUUGCUUCGAGGGCAGCUGAAAAUCCGGCCGUCAUGGAACCCAGGCUGCGCAAACAUCGAAAGACGAUGAAAUUCUCCUUACUGUCGGCGGGGCGCCUGGUGGGCCGUCGCUGGCAGGUGUCCAAGCAGCUUCUGGCCGCCUCCCAGUGCUGGAACCGCACUUUGCCGAGCCACGGCUGCGACGUGGUGCUCACGUUCCCACCCGGCACGCCGGCCUCCACCACGGACUGGUUCCAUGACCGGAUCCGCGACAGAGUGCCCCAGCUGGCCAUCAACAUCCGCCACCAUGCACAGUCUGGCUCCGUGGGCUUCUACUUCACGGCUGACUAUGACAGCCUGCUGAGGGGUGCGGAGGAGCUGAAGCUGCGCAAGCUGGUGAAGGAGGAGUUUGGGGGUGGCCACAAGGAGUUCCUGUACGAGGAGCAGGGCUGCUUUGAGGGGGUCCAGGACAGCGAGCAUUUCCUGAGCAGCCAGGAGCGCCAGAGCAUCGUCUUCUACUUCCUCAACAGCCUGCGGGCGCGGGAGGGGGACGUCCUCCAAGGAGUCUACUUCAUGGAGGGACAGUCCAUUGUGCAGCGCUGCCUCUCGGAGAACCUGGUGAGCCAGGUGCUCCCCCUGCACCACACGGGGGACCUGAACCGGCUCAAGAGAGACUGGGUGCUUGCCUUCCUCAAAUUGCAGCCCCUGGAUGACAUCUGCAGCUACUUCGGGGUGAAGAUCGCCAUCUACUUUGCCUGGCUGGGCCACUACACCUGGGCCCUGAUUGUUCCAGCCGUGGCCGGCACCGCGCUCUUUCUCCUCUGCUACUGGAGCACCCAGGCGACUGAGGACCUGUGCUUUGUGCUGUUCUCGCUGCUGAACAUGCUGUGGGCCACCUUGUACCUGGAGUCUUGGAAGCGCUACUCGGCCGAGCUGGCUUACCACUGGGGCACCCUCGAUUCCCAGAGCGAGCUACUCACGGAGCCGAGGCCGCAGUUCACCGGUCCGCCGGGCAGGAGUCCCGUGACGGGGCGCCUGGAACCGAUGUAUCCGAGCUGGAAGCGGAACCUCUUCCGCUACCUGGUGUCAGUGCCCACGGUCACGCUCUGCCUGGUCGUCGUGGUCGCCUCCAUGUUCCUCGUCUUCGAGUUUCAGGCGUGGUGGGACGAGCGGACCCUGAAGCGGCACUGCCCGCUGGCGUCGAGCUUGUCGUUUGUGCCCAAGGUGCUGCUUGCCCUCAUCAUCAACGUCUUGGACACCGUGUACUACCGCAUCGCGCUCUGGCUCAACGACAAAGAGAACUAUAGGCUGGAUGAGGACUACGAGAAUCAGCUCAUAAUCAAAAUAGCGGUGUUCCAGUUCAUCAAUUCUUUUCUGUCGCUCUUCUACAUUGCCUUCUACCUGCAAGACAUGGACAAGCUGCAGGAGCAACUGGCAGCUCUGCUGAUCACCCGUCAGGUGGUGGGCAACAUCAAGGAGAGCGUGAUCCCCUUCCUGACGGAGAGGAUACACCUGGCAUGCCUCGAGGUGAACGCCGCCACGCCCGAACACCGAGCCCACAGGACUAGCCACGAGCCUGAGACCGAGGGCCCCAAGAUGGCGUCGAAGGCACCGGAAGAUGCCAACAAUGGUGACGGCACACCCAGGCGCAAGCCCAGGCUGACGCAGGCGGAAGUGGAGUGUGCUAUGUACAAGUACGAGGGCACCUUCGAGGACUACCUGGAGAUGUUCAUCCAGUUCGGCUACGUGGUGCUCUUCUCGUCGGCCUUCCCCCUGGCCGCCCUCUGUGCCCUGCUCAACAACGUGGUGGAGGUGCGCAGCGACGCCUUCAAGCUCUGCAUGAUCUUCCAGCGGCCCUUUGGACAGAGCGCCGAGAACAUCGGCACCUGGCAGGCCGCCAUGGAGGUGAUGGGCGUGCUGGCCGUGAUGGUGAACUGCGCCCUCAUCGGCAUGUCCGGGCAGAUCCACCGCCUAUUCCCGUCUCUCACCACUACAGGCACCGUGCUGCUCAUCGUCGGGCUCGAGCACGUGAUGCUGUUCCUCAAGUUUGCCAUUGCCCAGGCCAUCCCAGACAUCCCUCAGUGGGUGGCCACCGAGAUGGCCAAAGUGGAGUACCACCGCAGGGAGGCAGCCAAGCUACAGAGCGCGACGCUGUGGAAGAUGGACAAGCGUACGUCGACAGUAGGGCUCGGGGUCGAAGAGCAAGUGGCCGCCGCCUGCCAGACGUCGCCCACCAUGUCGCAGAUGGCGUCGCCCACCGUCGAGGAGACGGACAACGUGGAACUGCCCUCGCCAACUUUGAAAGACGGUCUUGGCCUGGUCCGGCAACCGAGCGACGCCGUCGAAGACGACGAGCAAGCACCAUCGUCGUCUUCGGUAAGAAAGGCUCGGUCUUCGUCGCUCUCCGACUGGGCCAACCGUCUGCUCCGUCUGCGCGGUCGCUCGAUGGAAUCGGACGGUCUUCCCAGGCGCCGACGUCAUGUGAGUGGAUCCCCACAACCGCACUGAACGGAACGUCGGGCAUCGGAAUGUUUUUACCAAUUUAUGCAGCUAUGCCGGCAUCGUGUUGGGGCUGGGACAUAUGUCUCGGGUUAAAAUUGGUGUUGUUUCGGCAUCACAUCGGCACCCUCCGGUGUAGUGCCUGGGUUAAGGUGUAUGUGUGGGUCAAGACCAGCGUUGUGUCACCAUCACAUCCGCACCUGCCGAUGUCGGGCCAGGGUUGUGUAUAUGUUUGGGUUUAAGACCAGAAAUGUCGGCGUCACAUUGGCACUUGCCGUAGUUGUGCUGAGGUUUGGGUGUAUGUUUGGGUGCAAGACUGGCAUUGUGUCAGUCUCACAUUUGCACCCGCUGGGGCUGUGGUGCAAGAAGCGUUGCAUCGGCCUCACAUUGGCACACACCAGCAUUGCGCUGGGUUUGGGGAGUAUGGUUGGGGGUAAGACCGGCAUUGUGUGAGCUUCACACUGGCAGCCGCCGGUG